CCCUCCUAAAAUCUGUGCGCUAUAUAUGCAUAUAUAGAGGUGAAAUUGGGUGAUACGAGGAAGCUGGUGUUCUUGAAGCUCUAUCAUGGAGAUGGAGACUGCUUCACCAAAGUCUUCCAUGGUGAAUCGUCUCAACUCCGCCGUGGGAAACAGCAUAGUGGGGAAGCGAUUCAAGUUCGCAGAGAGGAAGACGACGUUCACCACGGAGCUUCGGGCGGGCACCGCAACGUUUCUUACUUUGGCCUACAUCUUGGCCGUCAACGCCAGUGUAUUGACGGACUCCGGCGGGACUUGUUCUGUUUCCGAUUGUGUGCCUCUCUGCUCCGACACGACGGUGGCCUUGGCUAACUGCUCCGGCAAUGGGCUUCGGGUGGUUCAACCGGAUGUGUCGUGUAAGUUUGACCCGGUUAACCCGGGAUACUCAGCAUGUUUGGCUAAGGUGAAGAAGGAUCUUAUAGUGGCGACGGCGGCUUCGGCGUUGAUUGGGUGUGUGAUCAUGGGGGCUUUUGCUAAUCUGCCACUGGGUUUGGCUCCGGGGAUGGGAACGAAUGCUUAUUUUGCAUACACUGUCGUGGGGUAUCAUGGCUCCGGUUCGGUCUCGUACCAGAACGCUUUAGCGGCGGUUUUUAUCGAAGGUUUGAUCUUUCUGCUUAUUUCGGCGGUUGGAUUACGGACGAAACUCGCGAAACUCGUUCCGAAACCAGUUCGAAUCUCGGCGUCAGCCGGAAUCGGGUUGUUUCUCGCGUUUAUCGGGUUGCAGAACAACCAAGGAAUCGGGUUGAUUGGUUACAGCUCCGCCACCAUGGUGACUCUGGGGGCAUGUCCGGCGUCGAAGCGUGUGUCGCUCGCGCCGGUCACCACUCUAGCAAACGGCACCGUUUCUCUAAUCCCCGGCGGAACCGUCUCCGGUGGGCUCCUCUGCCUCAAUGGCCGCAUGGAGAGCCCUACGUUCUGGCUCGCUAUCGUGGGCUUCGUCAUCAUCGCGUACUGUAUGGUGAAGAACGUGAAAGGGGCGAUGAUCUACGGCAUCGUCUUCGUCACCGCCGUCUCAUGGUUCCGAAACACCGAAGUCACUGCAUUCCCCCACACCGCUGCCGGAGACUCAGCGUACGAUUACUUCAAAAAAGUCGUCGAAUUCCACCCCAUUAAGAAAACCGCCGGAGCUCUCAGCUUCAAGGGCCUCAACAAAGGCAACUUCUGGGAAGCCAUGGUCACCUUCCUCUACGUCGACAUCCUCGACACCACCGGAACCCUCUACUCCAUGGCCCGCUUCGCCGGCUUCACCGACGAAAAAGGCAACUUCGAGGGCCAGUACGCUGCCUUCAUGUCGGACGCAAGCGCCAUCGUCGUGGGCUCCCUCCUCGGCACUUCGCCGGUGACGGCGUUCGUAGAAUCAUCGACCGGAAUCCGGGAAGGGGGGCGGACGGGAAUGACAGCGCUGACCGUAGCAGCGUACUUCUUCUUAUCUCUAUUCUUCACGCCGCUGUUGGCAUCAAUACCGGCGUGGGCGGUAGGACCGCCGCUGAUACUAGUUGGAGUUCUGAUGAUGAGAGCAGUGUUGGAGAUAGAAUGGAAUGAUAUGAGGCAAGCAAUUCCGGCCUUUGUGACCUUGCUUCUGAUGCCCUUGACCUACUCCAUCGCCUAUGGUCUGAUUGGUGGGAUUGGGACCUUCAUUGUCCUCCAUCUCUGGGAUUGGACAGUGGCUCUCUUGAGGCAAUUCGGAAUUCUCAAGGGACCCAAGAGCAAUGAUGCUUCCAUUUCCGGUGGCAAUGGAGUCCAUGCUGGUAAUCCUCAUGUGGAUGGAAAUGCGAAGCCAAUUGAUCAAGUAUAGUGUGUUUGGGUUGUUGGGAUUUUUAAUUUCAGAGGGUAGAAAGAAGAAGGAACAGCAACAUCUGUAUAUACAUUAUCUAUUUGUGGUUCUAAUGUUUUUUUGUUUAGUAUUCCUUGCCUUGUGCUAUGAAAACUAUUUCAUUUGAAACAAAUUUAUGUC